UCUAUUCAUGCAGAUAAACCGAGGGUGUACCAGGGCGUCCGGGUGAAGACCACGGUCAAAGAGCUGCUGCAGAGGCACAGAGCCCGGCAGGCCAACAGCAAAAAACUUAAACCGAUAUCCCAGGCUUGCUUGGAUCUCCAGGAUCUCUGUGCGUCCACUUUUCCAAAUUUAAUUCCGCCCAGUCGCUAUGUGGACCCUCCUGCCGCCAUUACACCAGCGGACGCGAGCGGCUGUGGCGCGCGAGCACUCCAGCAGCGCACCGCCUCGUUCCAUGACGAUACCCCGUGCAACAUCCAGAUGCAGGGGGACACGUUUGACGACAUCCAGCAGCAGUUUGGGGACAUGAUGUUGCCCAGCAACUUCUACAGUGGAAGUAACAGUAACAGCAUCGGCGGCGGCGGCGGCAGCAGCUACAGCGCCUCCAUGCUCCCCCCUCCUACCCUCCCGCCGUCCUGGUGCCACGGACUCUCCUCAGAUGCGGACUAUUAUGGGCGCGUGAUGGCUCCUUGCUCCUCACCGGAGUCGCUGAAGGUCUGCAGCCCCAUGGAUCACAACAGCUACUCGCCGCAGGACUCUUUCUCCUCCUCCUCCUCUUCCUGCUACGACUCGCCCACCAGGAUGGAGUCGAGCUACCAUGGCUUUUCUUCAGAGCACUACGACUACCAGCACUGCAACCUCCAGGACUGUUACUGCCUGCCCCACUGUUGGCCAGGCCAGCAGGAGAACUUGUCUGCCCCUGAAUACACACCUUACUACAACCCCACAGACUAUCCAUACGCCUGUCCAGUGGAAGAGAACUAUUUCAAGAGGGAUUUGCAGAUGAGCUCUGAAAUGUGUUACAAUGUACUAUGAUGAGACGUGGAGCAGUAUUGUUUUGUCCUCUGUGUGUAAAUAUGAUUCUCUCUCUCUCUCUCUUACUCAGUGAGGCUGUUUGCUCGAUGCUCCCCUUUGCAUUUCAGUGUGCUUUUACUGGCUUGUGCUUUGGUGGAGUGAAUAUGUUGAAUGCUGAAUGGAUGGAAAUGCUAAUAUUUUUGCAUCAAUUAAUGUUUUUUUUUUUACCAUGUAGAUUUAUUUUCAUACGCGUAACUUUUUGCAGUACUAAAUAAAAAUGUGUUGAAUUCA